GCAAGGUGUUAGGGGCAGUCGGUGACUCAGGGUCAGCGGGGUCAUCUGCGUUACUACGGGUCUGACGCCUGGCUGUGGCUUGCAUUCGCUAUACGAGAGGACUGUACACGGGAUGAUCAUCCCUAGCCGACUCUGGAAGCACAAGUCCGUCCCAGACAUAAAAGCUACAGGUGUGGCUGCCCUCUGCUUCUCACCGUCUCUACCUCAACCGUCACCAUACUCACACCAUGGGCCGCAUGGACGAUGUUGUCUCCUCACGCGCUAGUGCCCCCCAGGUGGCUAGAUUACCCGUAACAAACCCGUCGGUCACGGAUGGGUCCGCGGUGACGCCGCCAUCGUAUGACACGAGCAGCCGCCGCGACGCUAAACCUACGGCUACAGCACCUCAGGUACCGCGCUCUCAGACAUAUAUAUUCAUAUUUCUGGCGGAAGAAACCGGUAAGAUGCUACGAUCCGUCGACUCUCAACAGACCGGCGGCGGUACCCACGCACGCACGCAAUAUGGCAAGGGCGACCAAGUCGAAGUGAGGAUUGACGCAAACGUCUGGGUGGUCGGCAUGAUUGUUACGGUUCUCCACGUCGCAAACAGGCUCUUCGGGGCUCAGUACGAAGUGAGCUACAGGUCCCCCCGCGGAGGCAGGCAGCUCAAGCGCACUUUCGACAUCGAUCAAGUGCGACCGCGGGCAGCAGGCCAUGGCGGCUAGAUCCCGGCCAUCGGAGCACCCGUAAAACCGGCAGGAAGCUCGUCGUAGUACGCAUGAAGCCGCGAUUCGAAUGCACUUCUU